GAUGUCUUUAUUCAGUCCGAGUUUCUGAGCUCAUGCAUGUGAGCGAAUCUAUUCUAGGGUUUCCAUUCCAUAGCCAUCAACCAGACUGGGUAAGAUACAGAUGCUGCUGUAGAAUGGUCCAGUUGCUGCUGCUCCAGACUGCGUAAGAUACAGAUUCCCCAGCUUAUAGUUGGAAUCGCCUCGGUUUUAGGAGCGAGAAAAAUCCUGCUCUGCGGUUAUUAUUUCGCAUGCGUGUCGCAUCCGUCGUACAGCCGCCAUGGAUGUGCAACUGACCGAAGGUUCAUCGGGAUUUCCGAGCAACGUCCCGUCAGUUAUGAUGGCACGCGGCGGUGGUGUCGGUGGUAGUGGCGGCGGGACUCCCGCCGAAAGCAGUCAGGGAAAGCUCGAGCCUGUAGAAGGAGGGGAGUUACAUGACACGGAUAAUUUAGGGAUGGAUGUUAACGCGAGCUUUAGGAGAAGCAUGGGUAUGGUUGCCAUGGGUGGCCAUUCGUUACAAGCACUCGCUCCGCAAGGCGGCCCGGCUGGCGGAAGCUCGGCGCUUCCGCACGGGCAGGGUCAGAUGGACAAAGAUUUCCUCUGCCCGAUUUGCAUGGAGCCGAUGCGCGACGCGUUUUUAACGGCGUGCGGGCAUAGUUUCUGCUACUCGUGCAUCACGACGCAUCUGCACCACAAGCGGAAUUGCCCGUGCUGCUCGCAGUUCCUCACGCUGGACCAGAUUUUCCCCAACUUCACCCUCAACAAGUUGUUGAAGAAGGCAACAGCCACGCAGAUGGUCUCGACGGCGUCCCCCUCGCAGCACCUGCGCCUGGCGCUGCAACACGGCGCGGACGUGAGCAUGAGCGUGCGCGAGCUGGACGCGCUGCUGGCGUUGCUGGCGGAGAAGCGGCGCAAGGCGGAGCAGGAGGAGGCGGAGAUGAACAUGGAUAUCCUCCUGGACUUCUUACAGCGGUCUCGGCAGAAGAAACAGGCGGAGCUGGAUGAGCUCCGCGCGGAUCUACUGUUUAUCCGCGAGGACAUAGCCGCCGUGGAGCAGAGGCGGCGGUCGUUGCAGCAGAUGCGCGAGCAGUCUGCCGCCGCCAUCCACGCGCUGCUCUUCCGCGGAGGCUCCUCCUCCGCGGGGGGGGCUGGGGGGGACGAGUCGGGGUUCGGAUCUGGGGGAUUGGCGGGGCUGAAGGCGGGCGCGGGGGGAGGGGGAGGCGCAGGGGGAGCGCUGGCGGGGAGCAAGCGGAGGGGGGGCCCCGCGCUCCCCCACCACCUGCAGCUGCCCGCCCAGAAGAUGCGCGUUGAGGGGGAUGGGCGGGGGAUAGGCGGAGGGGGAGGGGGAAUAGUGAAGGAGGAGGCGCAGGUGGGGGGCGUGGCGGAAGGGGAGGGGGCGGGGGAAGGAGGAGGGCUGGCCGCGUGUGGGCCGUCGGAUAUUGCCAUGUCCGCAUCAACGGUGGCCAAGAAACGCCGGGUGUUUUCACAUUUUGACGACCUCCAGGAGUGCUACCUGCACCACCGCCGCCAGGCAGCGCACGCAGCCAAACCUUCUGGCUCCCUGGCACAAUCCAUCCCCCCAGCAUCAGCCGCAGCAGCCGGAGUGGGGAGGCGGGGCGACGGGUCAGCAGCAGAGGGCGUGAGGGAGGGCGCGGAUUUCGGGAUGGGGCUGGAGGACUUCCGGCGCGUGCUGUCAGCGUUCACCCGGUUUAGCCGCGUCAAAGUGGUGGCGGAAUUGCGGCAGGGGGACCUCUUCCACUCGUCCAAUAUCGUGUCCAGCAUCGAGUUCGACAGGGAUGACGAGUUCUUUGCCACGGCGGGCGUGUCCCGGCGAAUCAAGGUCUUCAACUUCUCCCAGGUGGUGGGCGAGCUAGCAGACGUGCACUGCCCUGUUGUUGAAAUGCCGACAAGGUCCAAGCUGAGCUGCCUGUCCUGGAACCCCUACUUGAAGGCACACAUUGCCAGCAGCGACUACGAGGGGAUCGUGACGGUGUGGGACGUGGGCACGGGGCAGAGCCUAUUGGAGUAUGAGGAGCAUGAGAAGCGAGCGUGGUCGGUGGACUUUGCACGGACUGAACCCACGCGGCUGGUUUCUGGCAGUGACGAUGGCAAGGUGAAGAUCUGGUGCACGCGGCAAGAGAGCAGCAUCUUAAACAUCGACAUGAAGGCCAAUAUCUGCUGCGUCAAGUUCAACCCCGGCUCAGCCAACUUCAUUGCAGUCGGCUCCGCGGACCACCACAUCCAUUACUACGACAUCCGCUCGCCCGGGCUGCCGCUGCAUGUGUUCAGCGGCCACCGCAAGGCCGUGAGCUACGUCAAGUUCCUCUCGCCUUCGCAGCUCGCCUCUGCAUCCACCGACAGCACCUUGAGGCUGUGGGACGUGCACUCGCAUGCCGCUAUCCGCACGCUGAGGGGCCACACCAACGAGAAGAACUUUGUUGGGCUGUCAGUCAACAGUGAUUAUAUUGCAUGCGGCUCCGAAACCAAUGAAGUGUACAUCUAUUACAAGGCUAUGUCGAAGCCCAUGGCAGUUCACCGCUUCACCACCUCUGAUCCUUUUACCGGGGACGACAGUGACGAGGACACAGCUCACUUCAUUUCUGCUGUGUGCUGGAAGGGCGGAGGGGGAGAGGGGGGGGGAGCAGCGGCAGGGGGGGUAGCGGGAGGGGGGCAGCAGCAGGAGGCGACAAUGCUUGCAGCAAACAGCCAAGGGACGAUCAAAGUGCUCACUCUGGCGCCAUAAGGAGAAAGUUUGGUGGGUGCGUUAGAUCCCUGUAGAAUUGCCAUAUACCUGAGAGGACAGUGACGUGGUCACUGCCCACUUCAUCUCUGGUGUCUGCUGGAAUUGUGGAGGAGGGGUUGGGAGGGGGGCGGCAGCAGGAGGCGACAAUGCUUGCAGCAAACAGCCAAGGGACGAUCAAGGUGCUUACCCUGACGCUUUAGGCGGGGCAGGAGCCUCUGAAUGGGAAUUAGAACAUAACUUCUGUUGUUUGGUCAAGCAAGCACACUCCUCUCUCGCUCCUUACAAAGGAGCGAGUCUGUAUUGAAAACUUUCGGAUACAAAAGUAUUGUAGUAUCAGGUGUCCACUGUGACUCCAAAUGAUGGUGAGAAUGAAAGU